GGCUCUGCUGCGCACCGCCGACUGGAGGCAGAGCGCCGCUACUCCUCUUCCCCACACCAGCGGAGAAGCAGAAACCUGGGAGCCCCUGAAAACCGCGGGUGUGAGCGAGAAUUGUUUUCUCACCUUUUUCAAAACCGACUUCCACACGAUCCGAAAGCGACUCGACGUCUGGAGGAUUCUGGAGGAAAGAGCGAAGACGCGUAAAGAGCAAACCAGAGGGGGCUUUUGCGCACCACUGCAUCCUCUCCUCUCUCCAUCUCUUUCUCCUCUCUCCUCCUCCUCCUCCUCCUCCUCCUCAGCCUCUGCGCUUUUUGACGAGACUCCGGGCUUCUCCCUCUUCCCACUCACCACGAGCCUCGUCGUGAGCUGCCCCUUCUUCUUUUGUCGGAGUUUGAAACCACAUUUCCUCGAGCCGCUGGAAGUACGCCGCCUCAGCCCCGGGACUCCGCAGCUUUCGUCCACACGACACAAGCGGAUCAUCGCGGGGACCGUGCGCGCAAUCUGGGGGACUGGAAAUUAUUUAGCCCUCUCACAUCAACGUACCGCAUGGUGGGAAUUUCUGCCUCCUUUCAGUAUCGCACUGGGAAGCGCUCCACCAUGCCCGACUCACCUGCGGACGUCAAGACACAGUCCAGGUUGACCCCCCCUACCAUGCCGCCCCCACCCAGCACACAGGGAGCACCACGCAACAGCUCCUACACCCCCACAACCUUAACCAAUGGCAGCAGCCACUCUCCCACGGCGCUCAACGGCGCUCCGUCUCCCCCAAACGGAUACAGCAACGGCCCCAGCUCGUCCUCCUCAUCCUCACUGGCCAACCAGCAGCUGCCGCCGGCCUGUGGCGCCCGGCAGCUCAGCAAGCUCAAGCGCUUCCUCACAACUCUGCAGCAGUUUGGCAACGACAUCUCGCCUGAAAUCGGCGAGCGGGUCCGCACAUUAGUGCUGGGACUAGUGAAUUCCACGCUAACCAUCGAAGAAUUUCACUCCAAGCUCCAAGAAGCCACCAACUUCCCGCUGCGACCCUUUGUCAUCCCCUUUCUGAAGGCCAACCUGCCGCUUCUCCAGAGGGAGCUGCUGCACUGUGCCCGGCUGGCCAAGCAGAACCCGGCCCAGUACCUGGCCCAGCACGAGCAGCUGCUGCUGGACACCAGCACCACCUCCCCUGUGGACUCCUCUGAACUCCUAAUGGACGUCAACGAGAACGGCAAGAGGAGGACGCCAGACAGAACCAAAGAAAAUGGCUUCGAGCGAGAUGGCGCCCUGCACCCAGACGUUCACCCCAACAAACGGCCCUGCACCAUCAGCCCCGCCCAGCGCUUCAGCCCAUCCAACGGGCUCUCCUACCAGCCCAACGGCCUGCCCCACCCGGGCCCAAUCCCCCCGCAGCACUACAGGCUGGACGACAUGGCCAUCGCCCACCACUACCGAGACAACUACAGACACUCGGCCUCCAACCACCGGGAGAUCCGGGAGAGAGCCAGGUCCAUCGGUGAGGACGUGGGGAAUGGAAUGCAUGCAGGGACCAGGCAGGAGGAAGUGAUAGACCACAGGCUGACGGACAGAGAGUGGGCUGAGGAGUGGAAGCACCUUGACCAUGUAAGAAAACUGCUGAACUGUAUCAUGGACAUGGUGGAGAAAACACGGCGCUCGCUAACGGUACUGCGGCGGUGCCAGGAGGCCGACCGAGAGGAGCUCAACUACUGGAUCCGAAGAUACAGCGAUGCUGAGGAGCUGAAGAAGGGCGCCACUAGUGGGCAGCCAAGGCAGCAGAGCCCCGCAGCACAGGAAAAUGCAACACCAGAAAUCCACAGGGAGCUGCUGCACCGGCCUGUGUCUGGCUACGUCCCGGAAGAGAUUUGGAAGAAAGCUGGUGCCGGAGGCUUGACUUCCUCUGUGUCCACACUCUUUCCAGAAGAGGCAGUGAAUGAGGUCAAGCGUCAAGCCAUGUCAGAGCUGCAGAAGGCCGUGUCGGAGGCCGAGCGCAAGGCUCACGAGAUGAUCAGCAGCGAGCGGGCCAAGAUGGAGCGCACGGUGGCCGAGGCCAAGCGGCAGGCGGCCGACGACGCGAUCUCCGUAAUCAACCAGCAGGAGGACUCCAGCGAGAGCUGCUGGAACUGUGGCCGUAAAGCCAGUGAGACUUGCAGUGGGUGCAACACAGCACGCUACUGCGGCUCCUUCUGCCAGCAUAAGGACUGGGAGAAGCACCACCACGUCUGCGGCCAGACCCUCCAGGCCCAGCAGCAGCAGCAGGCUAACCAGCAGCAGGGAGGCGUUCCCGGGUCAGAGACCCCCGCUCCCAUUAGCUCAUCCGCCUGCACCCCGAGCAGUGGGACAGGGAGUCCGGCUGCUACCCCGCCUGCUGCUACACCUCGCUCAUCCACCCCCAGCACCCCAUCCUCCUCCACCCUGGAUGGCACACCCCGCUAAGAGACUCUCACAGAGGAUGGAGGCGUGAAGGCCUGGAGGAGCUGAGAGCCCUCAACCCCACACACAGCAUGACUGUCUACAUUGCCUUGCAAAGAUGCUAAGCUAACAUGACUAACAGAGAGAGAUGGCAAUGCUUCUGUCUAUCUUGCAGCGUAGUCAUAGAAGGAGGAGGAGGUCCAUAAUCAGGUCAUAUUGACUUGCCAUGACUUUAAGGAAACUCAAAGAUAUUCUUUGUUUUGAAUGAAUGAAUUUAAAUAUUGACAUCCUUUUGUCGUUACACUUGCUAUUCUUGUUGUCUGUUUGUCGUUGUGCCUGUUGUUGUUAAUGUUGCUGUCAUUGUAGCUUAUCUUAUUUUCUCCUGUAAAUAUGAGACUGACCAGAGAUAGCCGUGAACCCAAGAACAGUAUAUAUCUGACCUCCCUGUUUUUUAUGUUUUUAUUUUCCAUCCUGGAAUUAACACUUAAUUACUUCCUGUACCUGGGACAUGAGACUAGUCAACCUCAAGAAGACGAUUUACCAAACGACAUACCAAGGGAAUAUAACUAGCUAGCGGAAUAUGGCAUCAGCAUUCUUCGAAAGGAAAGAAAUUCGAUUUAAAAAACUCUGAAAGACGCUGACGGAUGGAGACAUAAAUAAAUUUGCUGCCUGGAGAGGGGAGAGGGAUGGACUGAAUCUCUGGUCCACAGACUGCCAUGAAACGGGCAGAUGUGCGGCAGAUUGCGAGCAGAGCCAGCUGUUCAACCAAUGUUAUUUCCCUCUCACUUGUAAUAAUAUCCAGGUCAGUGGGCUGGGAAAUACAAAUCCGUCUCCCUGAAGCAUGUAAAAGGAUACAAAAACUUUGCCCACUGCACAUGUGGAGGAUGUACUGACUACAAUUCACACGUGCAUGCUCGGUGGGUCGGGGAAGCUCUCCAGCAGCAAGCAAAGGCACCAUCCCGCCAGUGAGACUGUCAAAUCACCUCGACAGCAGCACACCGGGACACCCGGAGCUGAAAAUCCACAGUGUGACGACUCACCCCACACUCUCCCCUCCUGACUCACCUCUGAAAAAAAAACAUUCUCAUCUUUCUUCAUGUUCUUUUUCUAUAGAUGUCAUGGUGUUUAAGACUUCUGUCCAGUGGUGUCAUCAAUGGUUAUUUAUUGUAUAUGUGUUGGACAAUUGUGACACUGCAUAGUACUUCAACCAGUCACAACUCAAAUACCUUCAUAACUCUCUCUCUCUCUCUCUCUCUCUCUCUCUCUCUCUCUCUCUCUCUCUCUCUCUCUCUCUCAGAUCUGAUUGGAGUCUAGCUGGUGCAAAAAGAGACAAAAAAAAAGAAGUGUUAUCUUUUUUCCAAGCUGCUUUUCUAUUCUGUGCGUAGGUGGUAGAUCCCUCGUAGUUACUAUAAGUUUAACUUCCCUUUGUCCUCAAGAAAAGACAGAAGCUAUAUCUCAGAGCUGCUACUUGAGUCCGACCCAGAUCUUUUCUGAGAACUAGCAUGUUGCGCGGAAUGCUACCCUAAAUGUUUUGUACAAGGGACAUACAUAAAUGUAUUGCACUGUCA